AUGUUUAAGCCAACAAAGCAACCAGAGGAAACAUGCGCCGACAAUCAGAAAAAAUAUCCCAUUGUGCCAACAGAAGGAAGGAAAGGCCAAAUAAAAUCAAUGGAAUGUACAACACCGCUUGAAAUUGAGCCUCAACUUGAUUUAACUAAAGAAAUGCACGAUUACAACGUUACAUGGUAUUUAAACUGCACUGAACUUCAUCCAAAAAGGCGCCCGGAUGUAUACCAUAUGAUGGGAUCAAAACUCACUAUAUCGUCGUUGGACUUCAGCAUAGUUGGAAUAUAUUCUUGUAAAAUAACAUACAAUGGACAUACGAGGCACCCGAUAGCAUUUAGUCUAUGUGCUAAACCACCUACCCAGACUAGCAAGCCCACGAUACGUUGUCCAAAAUUGGUGAAAGCAAAAAUUGGGGAAUCAGUAAAAAUAUCUUGUAACGUUAGUGUGGGAUACAGUGCCGUAAGCACAUUUGCGAUGGAAGGAUCUUGGCAGCAGAUUAAUCGAAAUAAAACAUAUUCUUGUUCACAUGCUGGCAUUUCAACGAUGCACGGAUGGAAGGAGAAAGCCCAAUGCUACAGUAAUGUAUCGCAAGAACACAACGAUAGGUGCUAUCUUUAUGAACCAACUGUUCGCGAGAAAGAACCUAUUGAAAACAUCUUACAAAUGACACUUGAAAUAAGAGACAUACAGCCUGAUGAUUUUGGAGAAAUCAGUGUCAGUUACACAUAUUUCGAGGAAAACGCUACCGACAAAAUAAACCUAGAUUACCAAAGUAGAAUCAUCUUGUCUGGAUACAUGUACACUGUUAUUGUAUUAUCUAUUGUAGUUGGUAUAUUACUUGUUAUUUUACUCUUCAUCAUGUUUAGAAGAUUGUUAAACGGGCAUCACCAGAACCAUAUUACUAGCAUCAUUACUUACCAUAACCACUGUCUUUACUCAUAGUUUCAAAAAACAAAGUUUUCGAAAUAUCACAAACUUUACCAAGUAUAUACGGUGUGUUAAAAUAAAGCAAUACAUUUAAUAUAUCCUUAUCGGGCAUGGUAUUGAGUACUUUACGAAACAAAAAAUCAUUAUCCGUUGAGAAAGUUGUAGUUAAUUAAUAUUUUCGAUUUAUUAUUCUGAUAUACUUUAUAGAUUUUAUAUCAGAUAUUGUGUUUUUCCUACAGUGAUAACGAAUUUGCAAGAUUGCAAAGA